ACAACACCACACAUACAGCCGAAGCCGUAUUGUAUGAGAUGUUCAAAUACGCGGACACUAAUAAACUGAACAUACAGUGCGACCUAUACUGUGUCGGGGCGGCUGUCAGGAGCCGGUGUGCGACUCACCCGGUUAUAAGGGCAGAGAUUUGGCUCUCGAUGGGUAUUCACAACUGUCAGCCUCCACCUCGAUGUUUGUUUUUGAGCCAACAGAUGAUUCACAUCGUUGAACAGGAACCGGAUAAAACAGUUGACGACUACGACCCAUACCGGGCCGACUGGACGGCCCCGAACUCCCGGUACGGGUCAUGCAAUUCAUUGAACAAAGGCUAUCCCGAGGGGACACUCAAGUCAAACAAAUCACAGCCAAAGUCCUAUCACUUGGGCUACGAUAACGAUGACUACGCGCCCGACCAACACAACCGGUCAUACUCUACACUACAAACUCGU